UGGAGGCCUAGGGGGUUUGAUAGCAGCGGGGAUAGCCCGGGGGCCCUGUGUAUGGCCACGGAGUUACAGCGUCCGGACUCCAUGCCCUGUCACAAUCGGCAAGUAAACUCUACUUCUAGCCCAAGUCCCGAGCAUCUGCUAGCCGAGGACCGGGUCCUGGAUCAUGCAGAGGAAAAUAACGCUGCUAUGGCUAAGCUGACUCUCCUCCCUGGGCACGCCCAUUCUAGCGUGCUUUCGGAGCGGGACUCUCCGGCCUGCUGCAGCACUAAUCUUCACUCUGAGAACCACAGUGACAGUAGUGACAGUGGCAACUACGAUGCACCUGUCGGCGGCGACUCCCUGCUAGGGGACUGUGAACUCUCCCGACAGAUUGGGGCUCAGCUUAAGUUGCUGCCUAUGAAUGAUCAGAUCCGGGAGCUUCAGACUAUCAUCCGGGACAAGACAGCCAGUAGAGGGGACUUCAUGUUUUCUGCAGAUCGCUUGAUCAGACUUGUUGUAGAAGAGGGACUGAAUCAGCUGCCAUAUAAAGAAUGUAUGGUGACCACUCCGACAGGGCACAAGUAUGAAGGAGUGAAAUUUGAGAAAGGAAAUUGUGGGGUCAGCAUAAUGAGAAGUGGUGAGGCAAUGGAACAAGGUUUGCGAGACUGCUGUCGAUCCAUACGGAUUGGGAAGAUCCUGAUUCAGAGCGAUGAGGAGACACAAAGGGCCAAAGUAUAUUAUGCCAAGUUUCCCCCAGACAUUCAUCGCAGAAAAGUCCUUCUGAUGUAUCCAAUUCUCAGUACUGGAAAUACUGUAAUUGAAGCUGUAAAGGUUCUUAUAGAACAUGGUGUUCAACCCAGUGUUAUUAUCCUACUCAGUCUCUUCUCCACCCCACAUGGUGCCAAAUCAAUCAUUCAAGAAUUUCCAGAGAUCACAAUUUUAACUACUGAAGUUCAUCCUGUUGCGCCUACACAUUUUGGACAGAAAUACUUUGGAACAGACUAAGUUAUUAAAGGAAAAUGAAAUACCUUACAUAAUAUUAUGGUUAUAAAUGGAUUCCAUAUCUGUUUUUACUAAUUUGUUUGAGAAAAUAUGUUAGGAAUACCUUUUAACAUUGGAAGUAGGUGUAGCAACAAGAAAUAUUGGAAGUUUAUUUAUUUGAUUUGAUCAUUUCUUCACAUGUGGUACCAAAUUCAACAAUGAAGCACAACCUCAGUGCUUAAAACCGAUGGAAAUUUUAAUUGUAUGCUAAUAGAAGUCACUGACUCUUCAGUUAGUCCAUGGAAACUGUAGAACUUAGGACCCCAUCUCUUGGUUUGGAAGUUGCUUGUAGCUGCCAAGAAAACCCAAUGAGAGUUAGUUCUUUGGUACACUGCAGGUUUACACUGUCCUUACUGUGGUUUAGCUCUAGAGUGUUUCCUUGUAUGUGGGUCUUGUCACCCUCCGUACUCUAUAUACUAUAUAUAUAUAUA